UUUGCCGAGCGCAGCGCAGUGAAGAACAUUCAAACUCUCUCUCUCUCUCUCUCUCUCUCUCUCUGCGCGUCACCGAAGCGGAAUUUGGCAAAACCAGGGAGAAUGGAAUUUAGAAUUCAACUUCAACGCCGGAGAAAGUGUCUAGAAUAUACAAAACCCUGUGUCGCGUUUUAAUAAUGAUUCCAGCCCGUCACAACAACAGCGACGAAGCGGACCAGAUUCGCAUAUUUAGCAGAAUCCUGGGCUCUUCGUGCACCCUUCCAAGCAUCCGCCAAUCGCCCUCCUCCUCCUCCUCCUCCUCCUCCUCGUCUCCUCUUCGCUUCCAUCGGUAUCAACUGCCCCUUCCCUUUCCCCAAAUAAAGAAAGGAACCCGCCCAGGUCAACGAAAUUGUUCUGCAAACCCUCCAGAUUCACUGACUUCCGCCCCACCCAUCUCUCACGAUAUUACCAGCCAUCCUCAUCUCUCAAGUCCCUCCCUCACUGACUUCCGCCCCACCCAUCUCUGACGAUAUUACCAACCAUCCUCAUCUCAACUCCCUCCCUCUCUCUCUCUCUUUUCUCUCUCUAGCUAAAGAUUGAAUACGACGAUGGCGUUGAAGGUCCUCUCCGCGCUCGACGCCGCGAGGACCCAGUACUACCACUUCAAGGCCAUCAUCAUCGCCGGCAUGGGCCUCUUCACCGACGCCUACGACCUCUUCUGCAUCCCGCCCAUCAUGAUCCUCAUCGGACGCACUUACUACCCGAAGCCGGAGGACGACGACGCCGACCAGGCCCAGAUCCCGGCCGCGGUGACCUCCACCAUGGUGGCCAUCGCCCUCCUCGGCACCGUGAUCGGCCAGCUCGUGUUCGGCCGCCUCGGAGACCUCAUCGGCCGGCGGCGCGUGUACGGCUUCGCCCUGGUCCUCAUGGUAGUGGGGUCCAUCGGGUGCGGGUUCUCCAUAUGCACCACGCGCGAGUGCGUGCUGGGGAGCCUCGGGUUCUUCCGGUUCGUGCUUGGGGUGGGGAUCGGCGGGGACUACCCUCUCUCAGCCACCAUCAUGUCCGAGUUCGCGAACAAGCGGACGCGAGGCGCGUUCAUCGCGGCGGUGUUCUCGAUGCAGGGGCUCGGCAUCCUGACGAGCUCAGUGGUGACGAUGGUGGUGUGCAAGGUGUUCGAUCGGGCAUCGGGGCACCUGUCGCCCACUGCCCCGACGCCUCGAGAGGCGGACAUCGCGUGGCGAGUGAUACUGAUGCUCGGCGGCAUCCCGGCGGCGAUGACGUUUUACUGGCGGAUGAUGAUGCCCGAAACUGCCAGAUACACAGCCCUGGUAGAACAAAAUGUGCUCCAAGCAGCCAAGGACAUGGAGAAAGUGAUGGACGUGUCGCUCAGCCAAAUCACGGAGGAUCAGCCCCUCCCCUCGACUCCGCCACCCUCCUAUCCGCUUUUCUCAAGGCAGUUCCUCCGCCGCCAUGGGCGCGACCUCUUCUCGUGCGCGUGCGCGUGGUUCCUUGUGGACGUCGUCUUCUACAGCAGCAAUCUCUUUCAAUCCCAGAUCUACAACCGCUUCCUCCGCAAUCAAAGCAACGCCUAUGAUGCCGCCUUCGAAGUCGCAAAGCUCCAGGCCAUCGUCGCGGCCUGCUCAACGAUCCCGGGCUAUUGGGCCACCGUGUACUUCAUUGACCGGAUAGGGCGGGUGAAGCUCCAAAUGAUGGGGUUCUUUUUCAUGGCCCUAGUCUACUUCGCCAUCGGCGUCCCCUAUUAUGCUUAUUGGGACAAGCACACCAACAAGGGCUUCAUGAUCCUAUACGGACUCACCUUCUUCUUCGCCAAUUUCGGGCCCAACACAACCACGUUCAUCGUGCCAGCCGAGCUCUUCCCCGCAAGGUUCCGAUCCACGUGCCAUGGAAUCUCGGGGGCCGCCGGGAAGGUCGGGUCCAUUAUCGGGGCAAUAGGGUUUCUGUGGGCGUCGCACAAUCAGAAGAUGGAUGGGUAUCCGAAGGCGCUCGGGAUGACGACAUCGCUGAUAAUCUUGGGCGGGGUUUGUAUAGUGGGGACGGUGAUGACCUACUUGUUCACUAGAGAAACCGCAGGGAGAUCAUUGGAAGAGAAUGAGAAGGAAGAGGAUAGUAAGGAGACGGGUAUAUUGAGCUGUUUCGGAGAAAUUGGUCUUAGGUCGCAUUCGAAUUCUACUAAUGGAGUUGAUGCUGCAUGAAAGUCACUCUCUCUCUCUCUCUCUCUCUCUCUCUCUCUGAGAAGCUUUGGAUCAAAUUCCACACACACACACACAGCAUAUAUCGUUCAAAAUCUAUACUCGUGUCUUGUAUCAUCUCUUUUGUACAUAUGAAUUAGGUCUGAAAAAGUUCAGUGUCAUAUGUGUUUAUUUGGUGUGCUAACGGUAGAAAUGUAAACUUUUUUGUACCCUUUCUUUUUCCUUAUGUUUAGUUGUAUUCAAAGACAGAUCGACGUUAUUGUCGAGUGGGUACUUCACGGAAAAGACAGAUGUCAUCAUGAGCUAAAAAA